CCUUCACCUCAAUCCUACACCAGCCUCCGAACAACAAAGUACAGAUAGACACCUCAACUUCUACUGUCUUGGUGCUGCCUCAGUUCUCAUCAGCUCUACAUACUCGAUAUAUCGACCUCGUCCCGCAUCCACUCUCUGGUGCAUCCUUGUUGUGUCUAGGACUACGACGUCAUCCUUAUCAGCACACUAGGAGGAUCCAGUCCAGCAGCGUCCUGCCCACGAGGAUUCAGUCUGCACCACUCAAAUUACUCAUAUCGACUUUGUCAUCCUGAUCAGACAUAAUCAUCCAAAGUACUUCUGCAGCCAAUAAUCCUCAACAUCCACUGCGCGCACAAGGCAUUUUGACCUGCGCGCCAGCCUUCCCUCACCACAAGCCAAUCCAACCACGAUUCCUACCUGCGGCCUCGCAGAGUCUUUCAAGUUGGCUGAACUCGCCUCCUCCCGUUCUUCUUUCAUCCGUUCACUCCACAGCCCUGCUUUCUGGGCUUUCAUUGGAGUGAACAAGAAGCCCCCAUAAUUUGGGCUCAAAAUACGACACAACCUAUCCUGAACCCUCCAACUUAGCGCAUACUGGCUGCUACAUCCUCCAGCCACGACCAGCCCCUGGCCUCAGAAGCUGCUAUCACAGCUUCAGAUCUGGAGCCAACCAGCUGAACGUUUCUUGUUGCGGGCGGCAGACUGUCCGCUUCUGCCGUCCGCUUAGGUCCACCAUACAUUCGACCUUCGAACGAGGAUGGGAAUUCUCCCCUGAAUACCGGUUUCUGGUCUGCCAAGGGCCAGACCUUGUAACAAUAGGAAGAGGCUACCAAAGAGGUUAAAGAGGCUCACGUCCAACCAAUUAGAAGAAGGGAAAAAACAAUCCGAGCAACGUUGAGCAUCGACGGCUGGCAAAAUGUCGGAUCACGAAGAGACUACAAUUUCGUCGGGCUACUCGACACCCGUCCCGGAACUGGACGACCACAGGCCUCCCCCGCCUCAGUUGGGUGAUCGAGCCCGCCGUGGCACUUUUGACUCUCAGAUGGGCGAACGAAUCCGUCAUAAUUCGGAUGCCUCGCGAGGUGGCCAGCGUCACUCCAGCAUUCGCAUUCGUGACUUCGAGGAGGCCAUCAUCGACGAUGAUGCUGGAGAUGUCUCGCCGGUCGCUCGCCGUCAGCGACGCGGAACGGUUGACACGACGGCUGGAUCUCGCGACAGCUCACCGUCUCCGCCUAAUUCGGUCAAGGCGUUUGCCAUGGCACGUCGGAUGCCUGCGCUAUCCUUCUCAGCAGACGCUCGCCCCGACAAUGUCGAUCUCCAGCGCACCUUGUCGGUGACCAGUCACCACAGCCACCGCAGCAAGUCUCACACGAUGCGAGAGAGCGACGCUGGAAGUAUCAAAUCCAGCCGGUCUGUUGCAGAGGACGAUGUUUGCUUCCCACAGGAGACGCGCGGCGGUGCGGCCGGAUACAUCGACUAUGAGGACUUGGAAGACCUCAUCCGGUUGCAGAGGGAGCGUGAGGAACAAGAGCGCAGACGGUCUCUGGAUGCAAAGGACUCCCCAAAGUUGCAGAAGCAGGCCACCAAUGCCAGCCGCGUUCAAAUGGCAACCGCCGAUGGUGAUAUCAUGAUCAUGCCCUCUGGGUCCUCCAUCCAGGAUGAGAAGGCCGAGCACAAGCCUGCUCCCGUCAAAUCCGAGAUGGUCAAUGCCCAGCGAUUCCAGUUCUUCUCGACCAAUCUGGAACAGACUUGCUAUGCCAAGGAACUCGGCGGCCUCAUCUUUCCGGGAGAGGACAUUCGCACCUUGUUCACGCCUCCAGACGACGACGCCGACCACGUCUGGUGGCUGAAUGUCAACUGCCCGCUCGAAGAAGAAGUGCGAGGGAUCUGCAAGGCUUUUGGGGUCCACCCCCUCACCAUCGAGGACAUCAUCACCCAAGAAGCGCGCGAGAAGAUUGAGCUCUUCAGAUCAUAUUACUUUGCCAUCUUCCGAUCGUACACCGCUAUCCUGGAUGAGGAUGGCCAGCGCGAGUUCGAGCCUUUCAACAUGUUUGUCAUCGUGUUCCGGCAUGGCAUGGUCACCUUCAGUCACAAUCUCAACCCAAUCGCGUCCAUGGUUCGGGAUAGAAUCUCUUCGCUCAAGGAUUAUGUUGACCUCAGUUCAGACUGGAUCUGUUAUGCCAUUAUUGACAAUAUCAUCGAUAACUUUGGUCCGGCCAUCAACGAGUGCCAGAACGCUGCAGAGGCCCUAGAUGAUGAUGUCUACCGCGCGCGACCCGAUGACGAGGAGCACUAUCCGUUUCUGCCCAAGCUCGGCCACAUCCGCAAGAACAUUAUGGGAUUGAUGCGACUCCUGGGCGGAAAGGCUGACGUCCUGAAGGGCUUUACCAAGCGCUGCAACGAGAAUUAUCAGGUUACACCACGCAUGGAGGUUGGCCUCUACCUCGGCGACAUCCAGGAUCACGUUGUCACCAUGAUGAACACUUUGGGUCAUCUGGAGCGGAUGCUUUCACGUGCCCACAGCAACUACCUGGCUCAACUAUCUAUCGACAGCAUCACACAAGGCACACGAGCCAACAAAGUCCUCAGCAAGAUCACCUUCCUCGCUUCCAUCAUUGUGCCAUUGAACGUUAUCACUGGUCUCUUUGGCAUGAAUGUCACUGUCCCAUUUGAUGAUUCUGGCUCACUGGUGCCCUUCUUCAGCAUCGUGGGCGUCCUGGUUGGCUUCUCGGCCAUUUGCAUCAUCCUAGCACGGAGGUUCAGAUAUAUCUAGCUUGGAGGGAAUGAUGUGUGACAGAUGGGUUUUGUUCUUUACUUUUGUUUGGCUUUCUUGAUGGCAAUACAAGGUGGAUGGGCUAUUCUGGCCUGAUGAGUACUGGUGUCUGUGACCUGGUCGUUUUGACUUGGACAAUAUGUGCACGGAGAGAGAUGUAACUUCUUUUCUUCCAAUUUUGGAUGGUGUUUAAACUCCUUCAGCGAGCAAUCGUCUAGAGUAGACUAGAUAUUAGAGAGGUGCAGUGGUUAGAUUAGAGCCUACUAAUGGAUGACAAGCUCUUACCGAAG